AGAAGGAACAAUAAACGCGAGAAGAGAGAGAGAGAAAACAAAAAAGCAAAAAGUACGAAGAGAAAUGCAGGAGAGAGACAGCAAGACAGCAAUGCGAGAAAUAGUUGAAGGAAUAGCUACGCGCAUUAAAGGCGAUAACAAGCAAGAAACAUGA